AUGGCCCGUAUCCCGGAUGUCAAUCACCUGCAUAGCGUCAAGAUUGACAAUAUCAGCUGCUCACAAGAUGAAGUAAUCUCAGUCAAAGAGGAGCUCAGGGAAAAGUUCUCCAAGUUUGGAGAGAUUGGAGAUGUGUAUAUACCAAGAGACAGGAAUUUUGCGUUUGUGCGGUACCUGGAGAAGAGUGACGCUCAAGACGCUGUUGAUGCAAUGGAUGGGAAGGACAUAAUGGGCAUGGAGGUCAGCGUGUCUCUGUCCAUGCAGGCCAAGAAAACAGCAGAGGAGUUACCUGAUAAGGGUCGAAGAGCAGGCCGCAGAUCACGCAAGCAACCGAGGAACCGCAGCAUGGGAUGUCGAAGGAUUAAGACUUGGCUUGGUGAGCCGCAAUAA